AAAAUGGGUCACAAACAAUUAAAAUCGAUAAGAUAUGAUAAUAAUAAUGGACCUUAAAAAAAAGAGAUGGUAUAGAAUGUGUGGAUAUACGACCCAAACUAACUCUCUACGUAAAAGAAAAAAGGUUGUGUAUGAGAGAGAAAGAAGGUGCAGAAGCGAGAGGAAGAGAGGAGAGAGACAGAAAUGGAGAUGGAAAUGAUAGCAAUGGAAGACAUAGAAAUGGCGGAAGACAUUACUCCGCCAUUGCUUCCUCUCACCUCCGCUCUUCACGAUUCCUUCCUCUUCACUCACUGCUCUUCCUGCUUCUCCCUUCUCCCAAAUCCCCCAAUUUCUCACUCCAAUCUCCUCCGCUACUGUUCCCCCAAAUGCUCCCUUUCCCAUUCCGAUCCCCUCACCGCCGCCUUCUUCUCCACCCAUCCCUUCCCUUCCCCCUUCUCCUACACCUCCGACCUCCGCGCCUCCCUCCGCCUCCUCCACCUCCUCCUCUCCCACCCCCCCGCCUCCCUCUCCCCUCCUCCCGAACGCAUCUUUGGCCUUCUCACCAAUCGACACAAAUUGAUGUUCCCCCAACACGAUGCCGAGCUCUUCCCCAAGCUUCGCGAAGGGGUCGACGCCAUAGCCGCUCUCUUAUCUGCCGAUAUUCCCCAUGGACACACCUUGGCAGAGGCUGCCCUCUGCCUUGUCUUCACCAACGCCGUCGAUGUUCACGAUUCCACCGGCCGCACCAUCGGAAUCGCUGUCUACCCUCCUACCUUUUGCUGGAUCAAUCACAGUUGUUCUCCCAACGCUUGUUACAGAUUUGAAACCUCGUCGGCUUCCACCACCACGAGGUCGCGGAUUGCUCCUUCCUGCACUGAUCUUCUGACGGGUCAAGGAAGUUGUAGUCAAAUGGGUACUGUUCGUAGCAACCUUUCGGAUUUCAUAACAGAAGAUUUUCAGGGUAAUGGCCCAAGAGUUAUGGUUAGGAGUAUAAAGAGUAUAAGGAGAGGUGAAGCAGUCACAAUCGCAUACUGUGACUUGUUGCAACCUAAGGCAAUGAGGCAGUCAGAGUUGUGGUCAAGAUAUCAAUUUGUCUGUAGUUGCCAGCGAUGCAGUGCCAAGCCCCUAACUUAUGUCGACCAUGCUUUGCAAGAACUCUCUGCUUCCAAAGUUGAAUUGCAUGAUUCAACUUCCAUCAGCAACUUUGAUCAUGACAAAGCAGUAAGAAGAAUAGAUGAUUAUGUCAACAGUGCUAUCACCGAGUACCUGUCUAUCGGUUCUCCUGAAUCAUGUUGUGAGAAGCUUCGAAACUUGCUUACUUUAGGCUUCUAUGAUGAGCAAGCCGAAGACGGGGAACAAAAACAGCCUGUUAACUUGAGGCUCCAUCCUUUACACUUCCUAUCGCUGAAUGUAUACACUGCUCUUGCAUCGGCUUACAAAGUUCGUUCAUGUGAUUUAUUGGCUUUGAGUUCCGAAAUGGAUUGUGACAAUGAAGAUCAAUGCAACGCAUCUACCAUGUGCAAAGCAAGUGCAGCAUACUCCUUGUUCCUUGCAGGUGCUACUCAUCAUCUUUUUCUUUCUGAACCAUCUUUGAUUGUUUCUGCUUCAACUUGUUGGGUACUUGCUGGGGAGUCUUUGCUUACUCUUGCUCGACACAGCUUAUUGUGGGCUACUACUAACACUUCAAAAUGGGGUUUCCCUGUGGGAAAAAGAAUGUGCUCUACCUGCUCAUGGGUCGAUAAGUUCAAUGCGAGUAGAAUCCAUGGUCAACCUAUUGAGGCUGAUUUUCGCGAGUUUUCAAUCGGUAUUUCAAAUUGUAUUGCUAACAUGUCACGGAAAUCUUGGAGCUUUCUGACUCAUGGAUGCCCAUAUUUAAAGGCUUUCACUGAUCCCUUUAAUUUCAGCUGGCCAAAGAUGAUCCCGAUGUAUUCGAGUGACCGAGAUAUACGGGCUCAUAGCAUCGAUCGUUUGUGUGCUUGUAGUAACUCUAAGGAUGUUUGUUUUCAGUGUGAACCUCAGCAUUCUAACCAAGAGAGAGAAUCUAUCCUGGGGCUUGGCAUCCAUUGCUUAUUCUAUGGGGGCUAUUUAGCAAGUAUUUGUUAUGGUCACCAUUCACAUUUGGCAUCUCAGAUUCAAAACAUUUUAUAUGACUUGAAUUCAUAGACUCCUUCCACUUCAUUUUUUUUUUCUUUGAUAUAUACUUUCUACUAAUGUUUUAAAAAAUGAGAUAAAUCUUUUUUAAAUA